GGACGGAGGAGGUUGCUUCGGCUAUGGAAUUACAGGGAAGGACCCUCAUUUCCAUUUCCAUCGACCCACUCCGCCAUUAACGGCCAUUGAUAGAUUUCUGUGGAGCACGAAAGAAUUUCCGCAAAAAAAAAUGGAUAGGAGUGAGGGAAUGAGAGAAACACUCGGUUCUGCAAGUGGGUUUAGUGAAUUUUCUGCUUCUGGAGGUCUUCUUCAAGAUAUAAGCUUUGUUGAUGGGCUGUUUGCAGAAGGAAUAGAAGAGUCUUUUAAUGGAGAGAAAGCGGGUGGAGGGGUGGUGGGGAAGAGAAUGAAAGGUGGCGCUUCGGCUAAUCUGAUUAAAGGGCAGUGGACUGAUGAAGAGGACAGGUUAUUGGUGACAUUGGUGAAGCAAUAUGGAGAGAGAAAAUGGGCUCAGAUUGCUCAGAAGUUGGUGGGUCGGGCUGGGAAACAGUGCAGAGAACGAUGGCAUAAUCAUCUACGCCCUGACAUCAAGAAGGAUACAUGGAGUGAAGAAGAAGAGAGACUGUUAAUUGAAGCUCAUGAACAGGUUGGGAACAAAUGGGCAGAGAUUGCAAAGCGUAUCCCUGGGAGAACUGAAAAUUCAAUAAAGAACCAUUGGAAUGCAACAAAAAGAAGGCAGAAUUCAAAGAGAAAGAACAAAAAAGCACAAAGCCAAGGAGAAAAAGUCCAGCUCUCUAUACUACAAGAUUACAUCCGAAAGAAGACCCUUAAUAAUGACAACUCCUCUGGAUCAUCAUCAUCAUCAUCAUCAUCAGCUCUGAUCUCCACAAGUACUCCAUCCAAAGAUGGGUCUCUUCAAUCUUUGUUUGCUCACUCUUAUAAUGAAGAACUACUCUUCAUACAAAAGUUCUUUGAGAACAUCUACAAACACUCAUCUGAUGGCACAGCAGUUGUGGGUUGUGCAGAAGAGGAAGCAUUUUAUGAUGGGCAUCUCCAAGAGCUUCUGUCGUUGGAUUCUCUCUACUCUUUCAAUGAUGACCUAGCAACGUUCAUUAAGAUGGAUGAUGGGGUUGGCUCUUCUUCUACCAACCCAAGAACUAAUAUAGAUAAUGCUAACAAAGGCAAUGAAUUCCUAAAGGAAGACACAAGCGGAUCACAUCUGUGGUCAGAUCUUUAUCUUGCCUAUCUGCUGAAUGGAGUCAGUUCAUCUACUUCUUCUUCUUCUUCUUCUUCUUUCACCACAAAUGAUAAUUACUACUGCGAAAACCCAAACAUGGAUCUGAUGAGCUCGGAUCAAACUCCUUCAAAUGGGAAGAAGGAAAUGGAUUUGAUCGAGAUGGUUUCUUCUUCUCAUCAGUUCUCGAUCUCAAAGUAG